CCUUCCUCUCCUCACGCAACGGCGCAAGCAGGCGUAGGGCGGCGGGCGGCAAGGCGGCGGCCGACGGAGUCCGAAUCCCAUCCCUCCCCUCCCCUGCUCCAGCCGACGGCGCACGCGGUGGCCGAGGCGGCGGGGCUGCGGGGCGUCGAGCCGGCGCGGGGCGGCGGGUCGGUGGGGCGCCGAGCAGGCGCAGGGAGGCGGUGCUCGGCGAGAAGGCGCAGGGCGGCUGGGCGCCGAGCAGGCGUAGGGCGGCGAUGCGCCAAGCAGGGCGGCUGGCGAGCGACGCCGAGGUACAGAAACCGGCGAGGCCGAGGUACUGAAACCAGCGAGGAGAGCUGCCAGAUGAAGACCCAGAACAUGGUGGGCAGAUCAUCUUGCAGCAAGAACAAAGUGUUUGGUAGUCUAGCUGUUGAAAACAUCCCAGAAAUAGAUCCAAGUUACAGGCUUUUCUUGGAACAUCUAAGGGAUGAUGGGCAUGGCUAUGUGCUUGAUGCCCCAAGAGGGGACCAUGGCUCGCCUGUUUUUCUAAGAUAUGCAGAGGAUCAUGUGUCCAGCGGACACACUAGGGCCAAAUCUGGCACAAAGAUCCCAAACAAUUCAUUCCAUAGAAGACAGUGUGAUCCAAAUGGUGAGGGGCUUGGUUUAACAUCAGAAGAAGCUGUCAAUGUAAAUGUGGGGCAUUCUUUUUCAUCAGGAACAUCAUGUGUGGCUGAGACAUCAGAAAUUGAUGAGUCUUAUGCUACAUUUCUGAGACUUCUGAAGAUUAAGGAUGGUCUCAUGGUUAUUGAGCCAGAACCAGGCGUUACCAUUGUAUAUGGGCAAGCAGAGGAGACACCUCCUGGGUAUGAUGAAUUGAACAGAGCUACUUCCACAAAUGAAAGACACCAUUCUUUGACAACUACACUUGAAAACAUGGAUGAAGAGAAUGCUACGAAUACAGAUGGAGAUGGGCUUGUGAAGAUUAAUACUUCUAUAUCUGAACGUGAAAUGGAAGUCGUUGAACUAGAGAACACACGUAGUCAGGAUCUAGUCUGCACAGACCACAGUGGAUUUCCACCUUAUACUGAACUUUCUGAUUUAAACGUAUGUGUAGAUGAUCAAGGAGAACCCCUUGCUCUUAGUUGUGGCAUUUCCUCUACAUUUGAUGAUAAACUUAAUGCUGUUUUAAGUAAGCCAUAUGACCUAAAUGAAUAUAAAGAGCUUUUGAGAAAAGCCACGGAUCGGAAGCUUGUGAGUAGACAGAGACACUUGCGAAAUGCAUCCAAGCCCUAUGCCACAGGGGCAGUUGGGCUCUCAUAUCUUGAUCACUACCCAGAUCUGGCCAUACAAGUAGAUUCUGCUGAGUCUGAUGAGAGAAAAUUGUUCCUCCUGAGAAAAUUCUUCUUCUGGCUGGAGAACCUAUGCCACGAGGGGGCCUACAUGCCAUGGAUCGACAAGCCACUAGCCUGCAAUCCGAUCGACGCAGACGACUACGAAAGGGACUCCGACCCGACGGCCAGCAUUGAGAUUAUCCAAGACGAAGAAGACUGAGGCCACCCAUGUCUCCCUUGCCCGGUCAUUGAGAUAAUCCAAGACGAACAGCUGAGUGAGGCAACUCGUGUCUCCCUCAGGACAAGGGGGGGACUGAGCUAAAUGAACUUGGGCUUCCAUUUCUCUUGUUGGUGUCUCCGCUGCCAUGCGAUCCCACCGUCUGUUCUGAUGCAACCUGGUGCAGGUUUUGUAGUGUAACUCUUCUGCAAUGCUACCGCUAGUUUGGGUUUCAGAUACUGCAAACUUUUGAGUGAUCUGUUUCGCUUGUGCUGUACUGCUUGCUACUCUCUAAACUCAGUGCGGUGAUGUGCUGCGCUUGAAUGGGAGAGGAGUUGGGUGCGGUAAAUCGUUUCUGAUAUGAUAACGUGUUGGCGUACUGGCGUGGUGCUAUGCAAGUCGCCAGCGGCUGAGCACACUCUACAGCUGCAGGCUGCUUCAAUAUUUGAAGCGUGAACACGUGACCUUUGUUUGGAAAUGUCUCAGAUUUUUCUUUUGAAGGAAAUGACUCAAAAAGCCUGCAGCUAUAUUUGAA